AUCAUUGAAUGUUUUGUAGCAGUCGCCUCAGACGGUUUGACCCAAUGACUUAGUACUUGUCGUGUUUACUACAACUUGUAACGUAAAUCAUGGAUGUUACAAUCGGGAGUGUGUGUUUAGUAUUUUUUAAUAAGACAACUAAUUUUGUAACGCGGUUAUUAUUAAUAUUAUUAAGUGCAAGUGUGUAUAAUGGCUUCGUUAUCGCCGAAGUGUUGUUGAAUAAUUCGAACUUAUGGUAUCCGCCAUGGCUGUCGAAAGCAAAUGUUAAAUUACAACGUUUGUUGUAUAGUUUUGUUAAUAUUUACUUUGCGACUGUUGCGAGGAAGACAGUCAUGAUGCCCUGGUUUUUACGACGGUUUCUGCGAUUUCUGGUUUCACUGCUCGCCAUAAUAGUCAUACCAAUUACAUGGAUUGUGAACAAACGAAGAAAUGGAACUUGUCCACCACCAACGAAUCCUUUGCUUUUCAAAUCAGCUACCACCUUGACCAAGAUGAUAAGAAACAAGCAGUUAAAAUCCGAGCAAGUGGUAUCGGCGUAUAUUGAACGAUGUAGAGAAGUGAAUCAUUACUUGAACGCCAUCGUCGAGCCUCGCUACGAGCCGGCCCUAAGAGACGCCAGGCUCAUAGACAAGAUGUUGGAAGCUUACACUGGCUCUACAGACAUGCUAGCUGAGAUGUACCCGCUUCUCGGUUUGCCUAUGACGGUCAAGGAGAGUAUAGCGGUCGAAGGUAUGUGUAAUGACUCCGGCACGGAUUGUGACGUUAGGAAUCCAGCAAAGAAAGACGCAGAAAUCGUUAGACUGGCUAGAGUCGCUGGAGCGAUUCCAAUAGCUGUGACCAAUACACCUCAACUCUGCAUGAAUUGGGAGACGUACAACAACGUCACCGGUAUCACGAUGAAUCCGUACAAUUUGAAACAUACCGCCGGUGGAUCUUCUGGUGGUGAAGCUGCACUAAUUUCCGCCGCGGCAUCCAUUAUGGGCGUGGGUUCAGACAUAGCGGGUUCUUUGCGGCUACCACCUAUGUUUACAGGAAUAUUUGGUCACAAGCCUACACCUAAAUUGUUAUCAGUUGAAGGACAUAUACCUGACAGUUUGGAUCCACAGUUUGAAGAAUAUUUUACAGUAGGACCGUUAACACGAUAUGCCGAAGAUUUGCCAUUACUUUUAAAUGUUUUAAAACAGCCUGGUUCCCCUGAAAUUCCGUUUGAUAAACCUAUAGAUUUCCAAAAAAUUAAAUUUUAUUACAUGUAUGGCGAAGGAAGUGAUGUCACAGAUAAAAUUGGACCAGAUGUUAAAAAAGCUAUGGAUAAAGCUAAGGGAUACAUACAACAUACAUAUAAUGUACAAGUUGAAGAGCUGAAAAUUAAAAACAUCCAACACAUGUGGGAGAUAAGUGUCAGAGUUCUUUUCAAGAUAGAACAUAUUAGAAAUAUUUACACAGAUCCAGAGAGGCAGGAGUUUUGGGUGUCGACGUGGCCUGAGGUUUUAAAGAAAUUGCUUGGUGUCUCAAGACAUAACUUCACAUGUGUAGCUUAUGGUCCAGUAAAGAAAUUCUUUGACGCUUUACCAUCAGGGUAUUAUAAGAAACUAGUUGAAAUGUUCGAAGAGAUUAAGACUGAUUUCCAAAAAGCUUUAUCGGAGAACGCGGUGCUGUUAUUCCCAACGUUUCCUUAUCCUGCUCAUGUGCACUACAAAAUAUUCUACAAAUUUUUAAACUGCGGAUAUUUAACGAUAUUCAACGCGUUGGGGUUGCCAGUAACAGCGUGUCCUAUAGGAUUCACAGAUAAAGGGUUGCCAGUUGGGAUACAAAUAGUCGCCGGCAGAUACAACGAUUAUUUAACCGUAGCUGUUGCCAAAGAAUUUGAAAAAGCUUUCGGUGGAUGGAUCCCACCUAAUACAUCAUUAGAAACUGUUCAAAAGUAUAAAAACUUAGAACUUGGUGAAAAGGAUAUUAAUUGUAAUUUAAAUAUCGGUAAUGCGUAGCACAUAACAUAAUGAAUAAAUAAAUAAUG